AUGGUGAAAAACAUUGUAAAAAAUGAGCCAGAGAAGAUAUAUGAUGAAAAUGGUUUUGUUGAGGAAAAAUUAAAAAAAUUGUCUGUUUCUACAGAAAAUUUUGAUCAAAUUAAAAAAAAUUAUGUUUCAAAUAAUGCAGUAUCAAUAUUUCAGGAAAAAUCUUUCGGAGAUUAUUGUGGAAUGGAGAAUAGGUCAUUUUUUAAUGAUUAUAAAAGAGCUGAAAAUCAUUAUUUUUUGGUAUCUAUAUUUUUUUUGAAAAAUAAAAAUAAUAUAAUCCAGAGCACAGAAAAGACAUCUUUUUCUUUACCUUCUAGUUCUAUAGAAGAUCGAGUUAGCGAAAAAGUCGCAAAACAUUCCAAGUCCUAUUCCUUGACAUCAUUAUUAUUUAGUUCUUCUUGUUUUAAUUAUUCUCCAAAUUCAUCUAUCUCAGUUGAUAUAAAGAGUUCUGAGGAAGAGAAAGAUUUUGAUACUUUUAAAGAUACUAUACGUUGGUGUAAAUUAAAAAAAAUUAGCUCUGAAAUCUUCACAAAAUUAACAAUAAAGGAAUACGGAUCAGCUAUGUGUAUAUGUAUAUCAGAUAUUAUUGCAGUAGGAACUUCUAAAGGACUCAUAUUAAUAUUCGAUUAUCGUCAAACUCUUAAAGAUAUUAUCAGGCAGAAAACGGAAGCUAUGGACUUUGGAUCAGUAACAUCUAUGUCUAUAUCUAAUGACUCUAUGUUCCUUUGUUCAGGACAUUCUCGAGGAUAUAUUUUUGUAUGGGAACUUAGAACUCCUGCUAAUCUAAUUUUAACCAUAUCUCCUAUAACAAUUAAUGGUCCUCAAAAUGUUUUUAAUUCAGGUCAUUUAAAUAAUUCAAAAAUAUGUCAUGUUGCAUUUGUAAAUUCUUGUCGUUCUAUUGUAUCUUCAGAUAACCAUGGAAUGACAUUUUACCAUAUUUUCAAUAGGAAUAUCAUUUCAAAUUCGGUACAUUCUAUUCGCCUUACUGGACAUCGUUUAAUAAAUUCAUCUUCUAAUUAUAAAGAAUCAAAUAUUGUAUUAGCACUUACUUCACUAUCUAUAAAUGACUCCAAAAAUACAGAGAACUCAGUUACCUUAAUAGCAAUACUUAUGUCACAUAAGUUAUCUAUCAUUACUACUUCACCAAUUAGAUCUCAAUUUAAAACAACAAGGCCUAUGUUUUUAAAAGCAGAUAGACAUUUGUUAGGUGUUUUAAGUUGGUUUUCAUCAGAAAAAUUAAAAAAAAAAAAUAUAGAAAAUAUUAAUAAAAUUAGAUUGUUAUAUUCAUGGGAAAAUUAUUUGUCUGUUCUUGAAAUACAUAAAGAGCCUACUUUUAUAUCUAGCGAUAGAAAUAUUCCUUCAUUAUUAUUCAAGAAAAUAUCUCAAUGGGAAGAGAAAGAACUAAUUCUUGCUGCACAAUGGUUUAAUAUGACUAUUAUAGUACUUUUAUUGAGAUCUCAAAAGAUUCGUAUAAUAAAUAUAGAAACCAUGGAGUCUUUUUUUUCGUGUGAUACUCCAACAGAAGAAAUAUUAAUGUUAAAUUAUUAUGAUGAAAAGUUCAGUGAAAAUAAUAUCAUUGAUAAGACUUAUCAAGAAAAUAUACAAAUUAGUACAUUUUGUCAAAGUUUUUUUAUAUUUAAAAAAAAAAUUUUUUUAUUGUGUAAAGAUUGUAUAUAUGUAGGUAUUUUUACAACAUGGGAUUAUAAAUUGUCUCUAAUUCUUAAUGCGAAAAAAUUUACAAAAGCUAUUUCUUUAAUGAAUUUAUACUAUGAAGGAAACUGUGAGAAAGCAAUUCUUGGACUUCCAUUAGAUGAUAAAUUACGUCAUACAUUACUUGAAGAAAAAUUGUUAAAAAUAAUUGUUAUGUCUUUAAAAUUUAUAUUACAUGAAAAUUCCUCAAAUUUAGAAAAUAUGAUUCCUGAUAAACAGGUCAAAAAAAAUUUAGCACUUGUUUGUAUCGAAGCAUGCAUAAAUAUGAAAAUGGUUGAUUUUUUAUUUGAUGAUGUAUAUAAUCAAUUUCGAAAAACAGGAGAAGAAGAAAUAUUUUUAGAAUCUAUAGAAACAUUUGUUUUAGCUUCAAAGCUUAAAAUUAUACGUCCUGAUGUUAUGAAAGAUAUAAUAACAAUAUUUUUAAAGAAAAAAUUAUACUCGAAUCUUGAAAAUAUUAUAUUUAAAAUCGAUCUUAUAUCUCUUGAUAUUGAUGAGAGUUUAAAAAUUUUUCGUAAAGAAAAGUUAUAUGAUAUUUUAAUAUAUAUUUGGACACAAGCUUUUAGUGACUUUAUAACACCUAUUAUACAUUUUUUAAAUUUAAUUAAUUGUUUUUUCAAAAAUCAACAAAAUAAUGAAAUAAAUCGAAAACAGGAAAAUAACAUAUUUCCUCAAUAUAUGGAUAUUUUGCGUUCUGAUAUUAAUAAGUUGUUCUUAUAUUUAUCAAAUUCAUUACUUGGACGUAUUUAUCCUACUAAAAUAGAUAUGAAUAAAGAUAUGUCAAUUCUUGCUAAAUCAUCUAUUUAUUGGUUCAUUUUUUCUGGAAUAAAUAUUAUAUGGCCAAAAAAUAACGGAAUUUUAAUCAAAUCAAUUAUAGAUGAUUCUAAAGAAUCUACUUUCCCUUAUUUACGGCUUAUCUUAAGUUAUGAUGUACCUGCUUUUUUAUCUGUUUUAAAUGAAGCAUUUGAAGAUGAUUUUUUAAAUGAAAUCGACAAUACUUUUGAGCUUUCAAAAUUAUCAAAUAUAAAGAUUACUCGACAGUUAAUUAUUAACAUUCUUUUAGAAAUAAUGGAAGAAGAAGUUUAUUCACAAAAUCUUAUUUAUUUUUAUAUCUUUAUUGCUUAUAAUAUUUCAAAAUAUUCACAAUUUAUCUUUCUUUCAGAUUCUAUUCUUGAAAAAAUUCUUAUUGAGCUUGGUAAAAAUUCUAAUGAAGAUCUUUCUUAUAAGUGUCAAGUAUCAAUUAUUCAUCUUUUGUCAUUUUAUAAACCUGAUGAUACUAAUUAUUUAAUUAACUUAUAUGAAAAGAAUAAAUUUUAUAAAGUACUUAAAUUUAUCUACAAACAAGAGAAAAAGUUCUCAAAGUUACUAAAAGUACAUAUAAAAGACAAAGAUAAUUCAUUUGAAUUAUUUGAAUGUAUUGUUGAGCUUUUUGAAUUGAAAAAUCAACUAAAUGAUAAAAAAAUAUCUAAUUUACACAAAGUUAUUAUUGAAUAUAGCGAAGAAAUAUGUUCUAUAGAUAUUAUAAGAUUUUCUCAAAUUAUAAAUAAGUAUUUUCCGGAAUUGCACAUAAAAAUUAUUGAAAAGCUUGAAAAGUCAGUUAUGCAGUAUAAUUAUUUAAAAUUUUUAUUAAAUCCACAAUUUUUUACUAAUAUAGAAACUACAGUUUUAAAAAAUGGGAUUAGUAUUCCAAAUAAUUGUAUUAGUAACAAAUCAUGGAUAACUAAGGAAAUUCAAGAAUUGUUUAUUAUUCUUCUUUGUAAUUUUGAACCAGAAAAUCUAACAAAUUAUAUAAAAAGUUUAAAUGUUAAUGAUAUAGAUGUCGAUAAUAUUUUAUCAAUAUUAGAGAAUUAUCGGAUGAUCGAUGCUAUAAUUCACCUAUUACGUUUAAAUGGAAAAGUUUCUAUAGCGUUUGAAAAAAAUUUGGAAUAUAUUUCAGAGUUUAUGUUAGAAAUAGAUAUAUCUUUAAAGCUUGAGCUUAAAAAAUGCAUAAAAAAUCCAAAUAAAUUAAAUUUUGAUAAUAUUAAAAAGCAAUUUGAAAAUAUAGAAAAAAACAUUAUUACUGGAAUAUCUCUUUGCGAAGAAUAUUUUCUUCAAUUAAUUUCUAGAAAGCAUCAAGAUUCUUCGAUUUUAGAAAAUCCUUUUGAUUCGUCAAUUUCUGUUCACAAAUUUCAGUGGAUUAGGCUUUUAGAAGUUAUAAUUAAAGUAUCGCAAAUUAUGUUAUCAGAGCUUUCUGAUCAAUUAUUGAAAAUUACUUCUGAAAGUUUAUCAUAUUAUAAUUCAAAUAAAAAUGAAUUAAUAAUCAAAAUAUCUGAUAUUUUAGAAAAAGUCAAAACAUUUAUACGGGAUUCAGUACAAAAUAUAUUUACUUCUUUAUAUAACCUAACAUCUUUAUCAAGCUCUCAAUUAGUUAUAUUCUUUAAUAUUUUGCACCAAUUUCUUGAAAUGGCAAUUUUAUUUCCACCAAUAUUUGAAAUUAAAGAAUUAUUAAUUAAUAUUUUUCAAAGUUAUAAAUAUGAUCAAGAAUUACUUAUUAUUACUAAUAAACUUUUAAAUAAAGAUUUAUUUAAACUCAUUAAAUAUAAUCAGCAAAUAAGAAACAAAGGGUGUAAAGUAGAAUUUUCUAACUGUGAAGUAUGCAAACAAGAUCUGUGGGAACAUAAAAAUACUAUAGAUUUUUUAUAUUCUCAAAAAAAAAAAAAACAAAAUGAAAUAUUAAAUAAAAAAGAAUUACAUGAUUUAAUUGAGAACGAAGAUAUAUUAUUUCCUGAAAAAGAAAUACAAGAAAAAAGAUUACAUAUAAAACACGAUUUAAGUUAUUUAAAAAAAAGUGAAGACUUAUCUGUUAAAAAUAAUGUUUUUCCUCAAGUUAUUAUAUUUAUGUGCGGGCAUAAUUAUCAUAAAGAUUGUUUAUAUAGUAUUGAAAUGAGAAAAGAAAAAAACCCUGUAUGUGUUCUUUGUGAAGCGCUUAUAUUGCAACAGCAAAGAUAUUAA